GUGGAUGGGAGCGGGUGGCGGAGGCGGCGGGGAGCGGAGCCUGGAGCGCCGGGAAAAGCAUUGGACACUUCUUCACCAUGUUGACAGCAUCUUAAGUAUAUUUGUCAAUUUUCUCACGUUUUAACUGAAGAGAACUCUGAGGGUUUAUACUUGCGGACUGAAGUGUGACCGCCGCCUGUCAGGCUUUCAGGAUGAAUCUGGAAAAACUCAGCAAGCCUGAGCUCCUAACACUGUUCAGUAUACUUGAAGGAGAGCUUGAAGCAAGGGACCUUGUUAUAGAAGCUUUAAAGGCCCAACACAGAGAUACUUUCAUUGAAGAACGCUAUGGAAAAUAUAACAUCAGCGAUCCUUUAAUGGCUCUGCAGAGAGACUUUGAAACCCUGAAGGAGAAGAACGAUGGCGAAAAGCAGCCAGUCUGCACAAACCCACUCUCGAUUCUCAAGGUGGUGAUGAAGCAGUGUAAGAACAUGCAGGAGCGCAUGCUGUCCCAGCUGGCCGCAGCCGAGAGCAGGCACCGAAAGGUGAUCCUAGACCUUGAGGAAGAAAGGCAAAGGCAUGCCCAGGACACGGCCGAAGGAGAUGAUGUCACCUACAUGCUGGAGAAGGAGAGAGAGCGUCUGACUCAACAGUUGGAAUUUGAAAAGUCCCAGGUGAAAAAGUUUGAAAAGGAGCAGAAGAAGCUGUGCAGUCAGCUGGAAGAGGAGCGUGCCCGCCACAAGCAGCUCUCAUCCAUGCUGGUGCUCGAGUGCAAGAAAGCCAGCAGCAAAGCCGCCGAGGAGGGGCACCGGGCCGGGGAGCUGAGCCUGCAGCUGCAGCAGGAACGGGGCCGCAUCAGUGUGCUGGAGGAGGAGCUGGCAGCUGAGAGGAAGCGAGGCUUGCAGACUGAAGCCCAGGUGGAGAAGCAGUUGUCUGAGUUUGACAUCGAAAGAGAACAACUGAGAGCAAAACUGAACCGAGAAGAGAACCGGACCAAAACUCUGAAAGAAGAAAUGGAAAGCUUGAAGAAGAUUGUGAAGGAUCUAGAAGCUUCUCACCAGCGUAGCAAUUCUAAUGAGCAAUCAAAGAAACCAGUAACCACAUCUAAAGGCACAGUGACCGAGCCUCCCAGGCUAGUGUCUGUAUUCUGCCAAACGGAGAGUUUUCAGGCAGAAAGAACCCAUGGGAGCAAUGCAGCCAAGGCGACAGUCACUGGGCUGCCUGGUCCCACCACUCCUCCUUACUGUUAUGCAAAAACCAAUGGCCAUUUUGACCCAGAGAUGCAAACUACCAAGGAGCCGAUCAUAGGCAGCAGUGUAGAAAACCAAGUGCCUCCACGAGAGAAAUCUGUGGGAUUGGCCCAGGAGAAAGCAGUGGAGAAUGGUGGGUGUCCUGCGGGAACCGAGAGUCCAGUCCCAAUGCCGAGCCAGCUCCCCUCCAGUGGGAGCUCACUGUCUCCCAGCAGCACGGCGUCCUCCUCUCUCACAUCCUCUCCUUGCUCGUCACCGGUACUAACCAAGCGCCUCUUGGGGUCCUCAGCCAGCAGCCCUGGCUACCAGUCAUCCUACCAAGUAGGGAUCAACCAGCGGUUCCAUGCAGCUCGGCACAAAUUUCAGUCCCAAGCAGAUCAGGACCAGCAAGCCAGUGGUCUGCAGAGUCCUCCAUCCAGGGAUCUGUCCCCCACCCUCCUAGACAACUCUGCCGCCAAGCAGCUGGCCCGCAACACAGUCACUCAGGUGCUCUCCAGGUUCACCAGCCAGCAAGGGCCCGUCAAGCCCGUUUCUCCCAACAGCUCCCCCUUUGGCACAGACUAUCGGAAUCUGGCCAGUGCUGCCAACCCGAGAAGUGACACCAGCCACUCACCGACUCCAGGGAAAGUGUCCAGUCCUCUGAGUCCCCUGUCUCCAGGAGUCAAGUCCCCUACCAUCCCCAGAGCUGAGCGAGGAAACCCUCCACCCAUCCCACCCAAAAAGCCUGGCCUCACUCCUUCUCCAUCCACAACCGCUCCCCUGACCAAGACUCAUGCCCAGGCCACCACUUUGGCUGGCACAGAAGACCUGGCGAGCAGCUGCUCUUCAAAUGCUGUCGUAGCCAAUGGCAAGGACGUUGAGAUACUUCUGCCCACCAGCAGCUAGUCCCUCGGAGGGGGCUCCACAUUUGACAUUCCGUCAGAUUUCACCCAAGAGCUCAGAGUCAAACCGUUGAGUCAGAUCAUGUUAUUUAUUUUGAUAGUAGCUGAAACCAUCUGUAUAAUACAUUUACUAUAUUUCACCUUUUUGUAUUUUUUUUAAGUAGAAACUGAGUAGUUUGGAUUUUUAUGAUUCAUCUCUUUGUACUAUAAAACUUCGAAGGGCACCUCAAAGAUGUCUCAAGCUCAGCAGUCACCAUCGUAUGGUGGUGGGAGAAGGUAAUUGAGGACCAGGUGGUGACCUGCUGUCUAUUUCGGGACUAGAAUCACUUGACACUCAUUUUGAAAUAUGCAGAAGUGGUUCAUGCAGAUUUUUAUUCCAGAUGAACAUGCUUUAAAAGUGCCUGAAAUAAGACUGCCAUAUGAAUGUGAUUCUACAGCAAAAACACAAAAAGGCUCGUUUAAUUGCAGGAAAUGAGAUCCUCUGUGAAUUCUGAAUGUUAAAAACAAACACUGCUUUUAAUUCUCUUUUACUAUUUUUAUUACCACCAGCUGUAUAGGUAGAGUAUCCUGAAGGUGGGUGUGAACUCACCACAGAUCGGAGCUUUUUAGAGCCUGUGAGAAGCCCUCCUGAGCAUUCAGUAGUUGGGGUGCUGAUUUUCUUGUACUUUUCAAAAAUUAAGUCACUCCCAGGUUCCUGCAUAAAUUCUUGAAUAGAAGAAGUCACAUCUACAGUCAAAAAAUGUCUUCAGGCAUCUACUGUUGUGUAAGGAACUGAUUCCAACUGCUAUUACUUGAAUAGGAACUGGUUACUCUUGCUUGUAUAAAGGUUUUGCAACAGAAUGAGAUCUCAUCUUUAUUCUGUAAUCAAAAGCAAUAACUUAAAAGUCACCCUUUGUAAUAUUAUAACUCAGAAUUAUAUAGGUUUUACCAAAUUGUUACACUUAUUCUCCAGGCUGGCAGCACCUGGUGUCUCUAUGUGUGUAACUUUUAUCUAAAUGCAAGUAUUCAUAUAUAGAUACAUACCCCUUUAUGUGUUUAACAUACACACACUUAACACAAAUAUUAGUGUGAUUAUAUCUUUGGAGUUUGCAAUAUAGCAUAAAGGAUGAGUAGAAAUGCAUGUUAAGAUUACCUACCAAAGCAUCUUGAUGGGUCUGGAACCCAGUCAGUCGAAGGAGCCAUCUCCGCAAGGAGAUGGGGAAAUUCCAAAUGCGGUCAGGUCUUCAGUCAUAAAAAGGCAAAGCCACACUAACCCCCGUGUCACAGAACCCAACUGGUCACGUAAGUGAGUGGAGCAGGCAUUCAGUCCCGUGGUGGAAUAGGGCCCGUUUCAAAGGUUCACCACCUGUUCAGCUCCAGCUGCUUGUUGCCAUGCAAAAGCUAUGUCACUGGCUCCUCAAAUUUUCAUAAAAUCCAAAUUUUCAUGAGAAACAUUCUCAAUUUUAAAUACUGAAAACUGAUUCAAAAAAAUUUUAAACACUGCUAGUUAAACACUUCUGCAGCUGAUUGUAGCCCCCAGGCUACUAAGUUGCAAUCUCUUUUGUUCUAGAUAUUUACAUCAUUUCCAUCAUAGCAAGUUUGUGAGGACAGAAGCCUCCAGACGUUCCAACUUGUAGUACAGUAAACAAAGUCUUUAGACUAUAGCGAUGGGAUUCAAAGUCCCUAGAAUCUUAGAGCUGCCUCCCUCUUCCAGACAAGACUGCCCACUGGCCAGCUCUGCCAUGUGCUUACACAGCUGUGUCCACAGGGAUAGAGGGGCCCUCGGGGCCUCAUGUGCUGUCCUGGCCACCGUCUCCCCAGCAGCCCCUGACCUCCUGCUGUCAUUUAAGUCUGUUUCUUCUGAAGCCAGUACAAGAUGAUGGGCAGGUGGUGGAAGUUAAUGUAUAGCACAGGGGGCGCGUUGGUGUCUCCACAGCUUAAGGUCUGAUUAAGGCCAACGCUCAAAACUUAAAAACUACCAAUGCCCCGGGGAGUCCUCCAAAUGAUGAAGGGGGCAUCUUAAACCACCUGAAGCUACCAUGCACUGAACUUUAUUCCCAGGCAUAGCCAGAUGAUGGUGUUGAUAAGCUGAACUUUUCUAUAGUCCUGGAGUGUUAUUACCUCUCUUGCUUAAAAUGGUAAUCUUAGAAGUUGCAUUGUGCUCUUCCUUUGUUUUGACAUGAUAUAUAGAGAGAGAGAUUAUGAGGAAGUUUAUUUCUUAGGAAGUGCACUGAAUAAUGUAUUUCUUUUACAGUGUAAUAUGGGGGUGGGGAAAUGAAAAAGAAAUGUGUAUUUUUGCUAGUUGCCUAUCUUCUGAGAUAAAUAAGCACAAUACUGCAAUGGAUCCAAUAAUCCAGUUAGGUAUUAUAGAUUAGUAUUUAAGUUUGCUGUAGAUUGUGUGUGCUAAGUAAAAGUUCCAUGAUUCACAAUUUUGGUGUUUAACCCAUGUUGCAAAAGCUAUGUUACUGGUCAACAGACUAUAUAUAAUGAUGUGCAACAUAUAACACAAGCAUUAACUAGUCAUUAACAUUUGUAAAGCAAAUGCACCAUGCAGAAGUCUUCACCCAUUUUUAUAGCAGACAUUAAAACAAGUUAAAUCAUCCUGUCUGGGGGAAAAAUAGUCUUGUUUGUACAAAGCGAAGAAUGUAGCCCC